AUGACGAUCCGUCCACCAACAAUUAGCAGGCGGCUUCGCAUUGCAGCGCUCACAGGGAACGAAGUUGCAUUUGUAUUAAGUUACCUUCGUCAGCAAUUGAAAACUGUGUAUGUUACUACAGAAGGAGUUGGCUAUGAAUUACGCAUCCUUUGUAAUGCCUGUGAUGCUACGCUGCCACCGCUGCAUAAACUUGAGGAUUGUUUGAAAAAAGAUAGUGUGCCAUGUGGAAAAAGAAAGUCAGUUGCAACGACUCGUAUCAGACGACUUUUUUCAACAGGUUUUGAUGAUAGCUCUACACAAGGAACCUUGAAUUUUCUGGCACUUCAGACAUUGAUUGUUGGUCGUGGAACCAAAGAACUACGGAGGUACUUUCUAGACAAAACUAACCUUACCAAACCGGAAGUUAAACCAUUUUUGACAAGGGAGAGGCGUGCAUUACUAAAGGAUGUUGAUUUUGGAGAUGAUUCAACAACAGUGUUUUCAUCAACCAGCAAUAUUGAUGCAUUCCAUAUGGACAUCAUGAUAAAGUUAAUUCGCUGCUGUUGUCAAAACAUUAAUAGAGAAGACUUCUGGGAGAACCCUCCGGUUGAUGACAAUUCUGAGCUGGCAAAUCUUGUCCGCAUCUAUCAAUAUAAAAGAACUGUUCUAGACUGCAGUUAUAGCAACAGUGUCACAAAGGAGGUGUUUGAUAAGCAAUGGAAGGAACUCACAGCAAUUUUUACAGGUGUUGGAGUUCCUGUUGAAGACAUUGAGAAUUACCGCGACCCAUGGCAUUACAAGGAUGGAGCCUUGGAAGAAAUAGGUAUUGGGCACACUGUAUCAGUAAAGCGCAGAAGUCAAAAAUGUUUUCACCAUCUGCUGUGA